UCAUCAGAAUGAGGAAGUAAACAAUGUACGUUGCUGAGUCAACGAGAGAAAAAGCCGGUUGAGCGAUGAGGACAUGACACAAUCGCCGUCCAACACUGUUAAAACACCUUUUUUCGUCACCAGACGGUUUUCCUCAGAUAUGUCCGAUAGCGCCUCGACACGUGACGGCCAUCUCUCUUCCUACAUGAAAGACGAAGUCGGUUUAGAUGAUGAACCGGACAAGAACGGGACGGACUCUGUCGUCGUUACGGAAGACGCACUCUCCGUUUCAGUUCCUCGCUGGUUGUCCCUGAAAAAGAGGAAGUUAGUCCUUCACGUCGACCUCAACAACACCAUUCUGGUGUCAGAUGCCGUGACGGGACAAGGGACGGUGGCGGCAUUGGAGUAUUUCCUGUCCUCGGUGACUUGGGGUCGCGUGACAAAACGAGGUCAAUGGGAGUGGACGAGCGAUGCGCCCUCCCUCCUCCCACCACAUGAGGGCGCUGUCAGCUACUACUCCCAGUUCGGACGCAUGGCCGGCUUCACGCGCUCCCCAGAUGGACGGCGUUUCCGUGGUGUCCUGGAGGAGCACUUGGAUCUGCUGCGCUGGCCGGAGGGCCGGGGGGCAGAGCCGGAGCUGGCAGUGACGGGGGAAGAUGGCCGCCUGUACCACUGGAUCCUGCCCUCCUUCUUCCAGCUGCUCAGGGACCUGGUGGAGGAGGGCAGGGACUUCGCUGUGCUCUUCAGGACCUUCGGCAGCGACCUGCCCCGCGUGCUGACCGCCAUGUCCAGGGCUCUCACGCAGGGGAGACACCCCCUGUUCCCUGACCUGCCUGACCUGCAGCUGGGAGUGAACGUGACCCCCGGGCAGAUUCGCUGCAGCAGGAAGGAAGUCCUCCUCACUCGUUCUGCGGAGCGUCUGUCCUCCAGGGGGGAGGAAGGGGGGAGGAGGGGGGAGGCUGGGGGAGAGAGAGCCUUGUAUCGCUACCUCAGCUCUGUGCAAGGUCUGGGGGGCUUCCAGGACCACUUCGACUGGUGGUCCAGGAACACCUACUCCAUGCAGGGAGGGAAGCCUCUGUGGGUGGAUCCCUUCGAUCAGGACGUUCAGCACAUCUUCAUCGAUGACAACAUCCGCCAGAACGACCAAGACACCAUCGUCCAUCCCAGGGUGUUUGUGGACCCAGGGGGCAGCGAGACUCGAACCGCCUGCACCACCGAGCUGUAUGACCUGUGUCUGAUCCAGACCGACCUGCUCAAAGCCAUCUCUGACCCGGGCUACUUCACCAAGCGCGUCCGCGUCUGCCUGGAGAACUACGACAGGAACCUCCAGCAAGGGUCGGACUAGAGGCCCUCCCCCCUCCUCCAGCGCCCCUCUCUGCUGGCCACGGGGGCACAGGCUGUCCUGAACCACAGCUAUGCUGAGGCUCAAACACAGACGUGUGUCACUUCUCUGGAACGUGACAGUGUUUACAUACACUGAGGUCUAAACCUUCUGUACGUCCCUGAGCACAGCCUGGGUCUCUCACUCACACACACACACACACACACAACCAUUCAGCCCUGGUUUAACCAUGACCAGCCAUGCUCCUCCUCCUGUUCCUCCUCCUCCUCCUGUUCCUGUUCCUCCUCCUCCUCCUCCUCCUGUUCCUCCUCCUGUUCCUCCUCCUGUUCCUCCUCCUCCUCCUGUUCCUCCUCCUCCUCCUGUUCCUCCUCCUGUUCCUCCUCCUCCUCCUCCUGUUCCUCCUCCUCCUGUUCCUCCUCCUGUUCCUCCUCCUCCUGUUCCUCCUCCUCCUGUUCCUGUUCCUGUUCCUCCUCCUGUUCCUCCUCCUGUUCCUCCUCCUCCUGUUCCUCCUCCUCCUGUUCCUGUUCCUGUUCCUCCUCCUGUUCCUCCUCCUGUUCCUCCUGUUCCUCCUCCUGUUCCUCCUUCCUUCCUGCUUGUGGAUGUUUCCUUGGCAGGUUUUCCUUCUUUAAGCACUUUGUUUCCCUCGAAGAGAUGGGGGAUUGACUUGAAGAACUUAGUUUUAUAGAGAAACAGUCAGCUAUCCAAACAACCAACAUUAGUGCAAAGCCACUAUUUCUGACUUAUUAUUAUUAUUAUGUUCAAGUUAUCAAUAACUGACUUUGAGAGAAGUUAAAAUCUAAAUCACUGGAUGGUUGCACUGGUACCGUAAGCUACAUAUUUAAUACUUAUUUACUUCUAAUGCACUAUUAUGUCAGCCAUAAUCAUGUGUUUGUAAUAGUUUAAUUUGUUCAUAUUGGAUAUAGGAAACACACUGUAAGUGUUCACUUUGUGUGUGCGGUUUGAAAAGAAGGAUGUUACUUUUGGAGGGUGUACUGAGGCUUGGAGAGAGAGAGGUUUCAUUUGAUGUUUACUCGUUAGAGAAGCUGCUACAAUUUAUGCAAAAACUUUGUAUUUAUCUUCUGUUAUCAGUGAGGGCAUUCAAGUAAAACUGAGUUACAAUCGUGUGAUGUGGGUGUGAAUAUACUGUAGCUUAGUGGUUAGAGCAUUGGACUGCAGAUCAAGAGGUUGGAGAUUCGAUUCUACCUCUGUAGAUUCUACCUCUGUAGAUUCUACCAGAUAGAAGCACCUGCUAAAAGAUCCACACAAACAGGCCAGACAUGAGAUGCUGUUAUAGUAGCAGCUCAUUCUGACAUGCUGAAACUGAGACACUGUCGGUCACAUUAUUUUAUUCAUUCAACGGAUGCUGUUAUCCAACACAGCGUGCAAACAGUUCCUAGGAUGCUGUUAUCCAACACAGCGUGCAAACAGUUCCUAGGAUGCUGUUAUCCAACACAGCGUGCAAACAGUUCCUAGGAUGCUGUUAUCCAACACAGCAUGCAAACAGUCUCCCUAGGAAGUUCAGCAGAAGAUCCCAGAUCUGAGGUGUUUAGUUGUGACAGAGUGAAGGAACGGGCUGUUUCUCUGUUUCCAGGGACGAGGAGGAGGGGGGCAAGGAACACACUUCUGAUUGGGGGAGGGGCCUGUGGCGUUAUGGGAUGUGGUUGCCAUGAGACGUGUUGUUGCUAAGGCACAUUCGGUCCCUGUGCUAAGUGGGGGGGACUCAGGCCAGAGUAACCAUUGUUGAUUCUGACAACUUUGUGUGGGUACGCUCAGAGAUUCUGACAACUUCUUGUGGGUACUCUUGAAGAUUCUGACAACUUCCUGUUGGUACGCUCGAAGGUUCUGACAACUUCCUGUUGGUACGCUCGAAGGUUCUGACAACUUCCUGUUGAUACUCAAUAGGCUAGUAUACAAACACCAAACAAAUAUCCAAUCAACUGCGUAUCUGUUGCUAUGCAACAAGUUGUUAAACUCAUGGAGUGUUUAUGAAUCAGGCCCCUUCAAAUCGAAGAGUUUUCUUAUACAACAAUAAACAUUUAAAGGACUGAAAUUUG